AUGGUUGCAGAGACCAAGCUCUAUGAUGCCUUGAGCACCAGCCCAAAUUCUACUCAAGAUGAAAUCAAGAAGGCAUAUCGAAAGGCCGCUCUGAAGUAUCAUCCUGACAAAAACAAAGACAAUCCUCAGGCCUCGGAAAAGUUCAAAGAGGUUUCGCAGGCAUAUGAAGUCCUUUCCGACCCCGAAAAACGCAAGAUCUACGAUCAGUAUGGCCUUGAAUAUCUUCUCCGUGGAGGCCCGCCACCAUCGACCGGUGGAGGAGGCAGUGGUACAAGCGGGGGUAUGCCCGGCGGCUUCGACUUUGGUGGCAUGCCAAGCAGCGGCGGAGCACGAACAUUCCACUUCUCCAGUGGCCCAAGUGGCGGCAGCGGUUUCAGAUUCAGUAAUGCGGACGAUAUUUUCCGAGAAUUUGCAAAGGGUGCGGGCGGCGGUGGUAGCGGUGGUGGAAUGCGCGAUUUUGAUGAUGAUAUCUUCUCCAUGCUUGGUGGCAUGCCCGGAGGUAUGCCUGGAGCAUUCGGACGAGGCCGACCCAGCCGAGGACCAACUUCAUCGCAAAAGCCACGCCGUGCCCCGACACCAGAACCGACCGUUGUUGAAAAGGAUCUUCCUCUGACGCUGGAAGAGAUCUUCAAGGGCACAACCAAGAAGAUUAAGACUAAGAGCAAGACUUUCGAUCUUCAUGGCAAACGCUCUGUUGAAGAAGUGACCCUGGAAGCGACGAUCAAGCCUGGUUUGCGAGCUGGAUCUAAGAUCAAGUACAAGAAUGUUGGAGAUCAAGAAGAAGGUGGUCGCCAGGAUGUGCACCUGAUCGUGAAAGAGCAAGCGCACCCUGAUUUCAAGCGUGUCGGCGAUGAUCUUGUAACCAAUAUUGAUCUCACACUGAAGGAGGCCUUGACUGGAUGGGAACGCAUUGUUCGGACAAUUGACGGCAGAUCGAUCCGUGUCUCUAAGUCCGUUCCAACGCAGCCUGGACACGAAGAACGCUUUCCCAGCUUGGGUAUGGUUCUCUCCAAGAAACCCAGUGAUCGCGGUGACCUGGUCGUCAAGAUCAAUGUCAAGUUUCCGACUAGUCUGACACCCGACCAGAAAGCGGCUCUCGCUCAGAUUCUUUGA